ACCGACAUCAGACAGCACCAGACCAACAUCAGACAGCACCAGACAAACAUCAGACAGCACCAGACCGCACCAGACUGACAUCAGACCGACACCAGACAGCACCAGACCGACAUCAGACCAACAUCAGACAGACAUCAGACCGACAUCAGACAGCACCAGACCAACAUCAGACAGCACCAGACAAACAUCAGACAGCACCAGACCGCACCAGACUGACAUCAGACCGACACCAGACAGCACCAGACCGACAUCAGACCAACAUCAGACAGACAUCAGACCGACAUCAGACAGCACCAGACCAACAUCAGACAGCACCAGACCAACAUCAGACAGCACCAGACCGACAUUAGACCAACAUCAGACAGCACCAGACCAACAUCAGACCAACAUCAGACAGCACCAGACCGACAUCAGACCAACAUCAGACAGCACCAGACCGACAUCAGAACUACAUCAGACAGCACCAAACCAAUGUCAGACCAGCACCAAACCAGCACCAGACCAGCGUCAGACCAAACAACAUCAGACCAGAACCAGACCAACAUCAGACCAGC